AUGCCACGUAGUCCAUCCCCACGUCCCGAAUACUCUCGCCGUAGUCACGGACAUUCGGAUUAUCGAGACUCUUACCGUGAUCGCGAUCGACCAUCAGAAGACGUACACCCGCGUCGUAGAUCUCGCUCACCUGGACGAGAUAAAUACGACAGGCGAGACAGGCGGUCUCAUGACCGAUACAGUAGAACCAAGGAGAGACGAAAGUCAAGGUCAAGAUCAAAGUCAAGAUCGCCAAGGAAAGAUGAAAGUACAAAUGUGGUUGAAGUAAGUAUUGAUCCUGAUGAGGAGCCCGAGAAAGCAAUGCUGGCUUUCAUGGGAAUUUCCGGAUUUUCGACGACAAAGGGUGCGAAAGUUACUGGAAAUGAUAUGUCUGCAGUUAAUAUUAAAAAACAGAGGCAAUAUCGCCAAUACAUGAACAGACGUGGUGGAUUUAAUAGACCCUUGGAUAAAGUACAAUAA